CUGCUACCUCCUGUCCACCGCUCACACACUCGGUUCCUCGGUCGGUGUGAAGGGAAGCAGCCGCAGCCAUGGCCUCGGACAUCACCCCCGAGGCCAUCGGCUUCCUGUCGGCGGUCGGCGUCUUCAUCGUGGCAUUGGCCGUCCUCUUCCUCUUCAUCAACAAGAAGCUGUGUUUCUCGCGUGUCGGCGGACUGCCCUGUCUCGAGCAACAUGGCCGCCGCAAGAAGGGACGCCUGGGGAUCCGCCAGGGGCUCGUGAACAGCUACGGCGACGACGACGACGACGCUAGCAGCUCCUCCGACAGCGAAGACGAGGUCCUGAAGCAGUUUGAGAUCUCGGUGUCGCGCUCGCAGAGCUUCCGGACGGCGGCGGCGGCGGCGGCCGGUGGUGGUGAACAGCAGCAGCAUCAUCAGCAGCUGGCGUUGGGUCGACGGCACAAGUUUACCCGACUGUCGGACCAGGAGGAGGGCAGCACCGAGCCGUCGGACUGCGAAGAAAUGGAGGCUCAGAAUCGGCAGGGCUUCCAGGAUCCGCUGUCGGCGGCGGUGGCGGAGAGCGAAAGAGCCUCUGCGAUCUCUCUGGACAAACCCGCCGCCGGAGUCGAGGCUUCGGCCGCCAGAGACAGUCCGACCCCAAGCAUGAACCGGCAGGCAGCCGACGGCAGCGAGGACACGGAGAAGGCUGUGGACCUCGACAAAAACGAGGCCACGGACAGCUCCUCCACCUGGAGCCCCGAGCAAGAGCAGCCUCCCCAAGACGAGGUCUCGACCCAGCCAGUCUGUUCCUCCCCUCGGACCCCCAUCUCUAAAUGUGGAGACCUGGUCCUGUCUCUGGAGUACCACCCGGACUCGGAGAAGCUGCUGGUCUCGGUGGUGGCAGCCCGGGACAUCCCCGACAAGGCUCGCAGCGGCAUGGACUCGUGGCAAGUUCACAUGGUCCUGCUGCCGUCCAAGAAGCAGCGCCACAAGACGUCGGUCCAGAGGGGGUCGCUGCCGCACUUCAACGAGACGUUUCGCUUCUCGCGCCUGGAACCGUCCGACCUGCAGAUGUCGGCCGUCCGGUUCCGGCUGUACGCCCUCGGGGGAAGGAUGUCCCGGGAGAGGAUGAUGGGCGAGAAGGUUCUGCGUUUGGGAGGGCUCGACCCGGAUGGAGGGACGAUGGAGACGACGCUGGUUCUGGAGCCUCGAAGUAACCUCAAGAGUGUCGACUCCCAGCUCAGUCUGUCUGCUGUGUCUCAGAGCGACAGCGCUUCGUCCACUCAGUCUUUGACCCAUGGCGGCGUCCCCGAGCUGCUGGUGGGUCUCUCCUACAACGCCACCACGGGACGGAUGUCUGUGGAGCUCAUCAAGGGAAGCCACUUCAGAAACCUGGCCAUCAACAGGCCUCCAGACACUUACGGGCGGCUGACCCUGCUGAACUCGGUUGGUCAGGAGAUCUCUCGCUGCAAGACGUCGGUGCGUCGCGGCCAACCGAACCCUGUCUACAAGGAGACGUUCGUCUUCCAGGUGGCGCUGUUCCAGCUGUCGGACGUCACACUGCUGGUGUCCAUCUACAACCGGCGCAGCAUGAAGCGCAAAGAGAUGGUGGGAUGGAUCGCUUUGGGCCAGAACAGCAGCGGCGAGGAGGAGCAGCUGCACUGGCAGGACAUGAAGGAAAGUCGAGGACAGCAGGUCUGCCGCUGGCACGUCCUGCUGGAGGCGUAACGCCCAAGACCAACAGGAUUUAGUGUUUUUUUCUUCUAUUUUAAAGGUUGUUUAGUUAGGAAACUGGAGAUGAAAGAAAAGGCUUCAUUGGUGAGGACCAUGCACGAGGUUUCAAGGAUUCCAGAACCAUCGAUACGUCCAUCAAAACCUGGAAGAACAUCAAACCCAGCUGGUUAGUUUGUGUCAGCAUGAAGCAUAAAUUCAUCCACCAAUAAGAGCUCACAGAAAUGUCAAACAAGAUCCUCUACGCCUCGUUUCCACGUAGCACUGUGUGCAAGUAAAGUGGAAAUCCAUGAUCUCAGACGUUUACGAACCUCCGCCUUUCAUGUUUAGUUUUCUAGGAAAGGUUUUGCCUUAAAAUUUUGAUCUUUUUUGGAUUUCAGAGCUAACGAAUUAGCUAAGAUGCUAGUUAGUUGGUUGACUGCGUUGACGGUCAGUCACAGUCGAUUUUUAUUAACGUGAACCACAUUUUGUUGCAGCUGGUGACCUACUGCUGAUGGUUUUGCGCCAGUCGUUUUCUAGAUGUUAAUAUUGUGCAGACUUCUUGAACCCCAAAACUCUAGUCUGCAGCUGUUGUAGAAGAGUUAUGGUGACCACGGCGGCGUUUUUAGGGUCAGGGUUGUGCUUCUUCCCAACAGUGGACGUGAUAUGGGCUGACAGCAAUACACGAUUGAUACAGGCUUCACCCUCCUGCAACUAUGCAAACUUUGGCUGCACCUGAUUGGACGAACGCUUCACAUGUGACUCGUGAAUUUCAAACUGGACCAACGUGGCACCUUGUUUGGAAACUUUUCACCAAAAAAGUGUUUCUACCAACAUUUAGAGCUCCUAUAUCUGUCUUAAAUUUACAUCAACAAUGGUCAGUUUUAAAGUCUUUCGGUAGUUUCUAGAGGUGUCCAGUUGAUUUGCAUGAAGUAGCGAAGACUUUGUGCCAAUGAGGAGCUAGCAACGCAGUGCUACCGGCUGCUUAUGUAGAAAACAACGUAGAAACGACGGAACCAACGGUCACAUAACAUUAGUUGCUCUUAAACACCACGUUUAACUUCUGAAACACUAGUUCAAAGUCAAAGUCUUGUUUCCACUGAAGCUGCAGCAAACCUUUGUGGACGUUUGUGGUGAAACUGUCUGGUUCUAGCUCAAUACACUCGUACACACGGUCAGCCUCUCCAAACCGCUGCAGAUUGGAGAUCUUUGCCUUCAGCACAGUUUGGAAACCUGUCGUUGGAAAUAAAAAGAAGCUAGUUUAGCUCGUUUAACACACACUCGCUGCGCAACGUACAGUUUUUGUCCCGUAAAUGCUCCAUAGUUCAAAACUAAACAGCGCUAAACUGAUCAAAUUAGCUUCUUAGUUACGUUUUCUUUCACUCAACACUAUAAUACACAGAGUUACGGGCAGCUAGCAGAGCUGCGUGGAAACGAGGCGUUAGCUUGAUUUAGUUUAGUUUGUCCUCCCUGCUGCACUUUUUGUUUUCUCGAGUUAGAAAGGACUUGAAGGUGUGUGUGGACGGAUUAUUAUUUCUAGUUUUUGGCCAUUCUGGAUGGAGAAUCGGUGGAAACUCAACCACAGAGAAGAAAACCGAGCGAAAUAUCAGCAUCACAUCCCGUCGGGAACAAAAGCGUUUGGAUUUCAUAUGUCGACGCUGAACUGGGAAUGUUUCCUCCAUCUCAUCGUCCUUCAUGGUUCACUCUCUGUCGGCAACAAAAGACACAAGAACAAAAACAAAAACAAAACACAAAGUUUACAGAAGUACAAAUGGCUGCAUGUGACCACAGUUUAUCGGUGGUCUUCUUCAUUUACAUUCCGCCCUCAGAGCACACCAGUCCGUCCAUCCCUUCCUGCAUUUUCCCAGUUUAUAUAAUGAGAUUACGUCCUGCCAAGGGCUGAAAGAGUCUUUGUGAUGGUUAAAAGCACACAUCUGCAGUUGAACAGUAAGAAAAGCCAGCAGUGUGAAGAGGGCACAUCGAGGUUUAGAUCAUUUUUUUGAAUAAUAUCACAGUUUGUUAAUUUACUGAGUAAUUAUGUCACCAAACCAAAAGUUCAAGCUUUGUUUUGAUUUGAAGUGAGUAAAAAGUCACAGAGCUGCUGAUAAUUAAGGUUUACACUGUGCAGAUACCAGCUUUAUUCACUGCUCACAGUCUGGUUGAACUGAGUGCACCCAAAUAUAUUUCUGUUUUGUAAUCUAUCGAUCUCCACGGAUUCCGUUUGGGCUUCAGCCACCAAACUAGCGACUGAUUUGUUUAGUUUCUAUAAUAAUAAUCUAUGAAUAAUAAUCUGACAAAAACUGAAGCAGACAGCUGAUUCGUUGGGAGUCUGUGGCUGUAAUUUGGGGAUUUGGAGCCACUGUUGGAGAGCUAAUCCGCCCAAAAAAGCCUAAUUAAUCUGGAUUUACUGGAGAUCUUCGGUGUUACGCGACAACAAAAGCAGAUAAUCGAACUCAUGCUGAGUUCGAGAACGAACGUCGGCACUCAGUCGGUGAAUCGCUUCCCAAAGCUAGAGGAAGUCACGAAACCUGAUUAGAAAGCCGAAGAGUCUUUACUGUCGUCGUGCUGCUGUGCAAAAACAACACAACGGAUUUCUGAUGGUGCUCCCCGAGCUAAUGCAAUAUUUAAAAGAGAUUAACAAUUAAAAAGGUUCGGUGAAAAAUUAAAAAGGAAAAAUAAACAAAAGGUCACAGGACUGAAGCAGUCUGAUGUGCGAAAGUGCUUUUUGAACACUAAAAGAUGCAGAAAAUACAAAUUUAGAUUUAUUUUAAAAAUAAUAAUAAUUGGAAAUGUAUGUGGAAUAAUUUAACUCUAAAACUAACGGAAAAUAAGAGAUUAGCAGAUAAUUAUUCAGCUGAUCUUUAUUAGAGCUUCAUUUAAAUAUCUUUUUCUUACUAAUUUCAACUACAAAUGCCUCGUUUUCAUUUCAGAAAUAUGAGUUGAAUAAAUAUGCUGCUGAGAGUUCACCUCAUUUUAUUAAAUUAUGUUUUAUAAGCAACAAAUCCAGUGUCUAAGCAAACUGAAAACUCUCUCUGUAGACCUUUUUUUUGUAGUUUGAAGAAAAUUGAUGUGAUGGAAACUUCUGGUUGUUCAUCAAGGAUCCAAGUCUCUCAAUAUUCAGUAUCUGCUGAUAGCAUUUUCUGAGAUGAUACUCCGAGGCAGACAUUGUAGAUUAGCUGAAGAGGAGUUUAGCGAGCAGUGGGCCCAAAGACAUUAAUACAUUAAUCAGUUAUUAAUUGGAAAUGUUGCACUUUAAAAUCAACCAAAGCAAUGACACCUACAUCCCAGCAGACAUUUAAAAAAGAAAAAUGGACUGAUUCACGUCCGUUAACACCUGCCUACAUCGGUCAUCCCUGGUUGUUUUUUCCUUUAUAAUAAUGAAAACCACGCAGCCAGUGAUGUGUAAUUUAACAAAGUCAGUGGAAAGCCAGGCAGACAAGUGAAACGAUACACCUGACAUCCACAUUGUUCCUGAUUUUGAAUAAAAAACCGACUGUUCAAAGUGAAAACUGAAACAAAACGGGUCUCGUUAUGUUUAAAUGGAUGUUUAAUUUCAAAGAAAAACACGUUUAAACAAAAGAAACAAGACUAAGGUUUACACAAAACUCAGCUUCAACUCCAGUAAAGUAACAGAAACAGAAUCGUGCGUUUACACAACAGGCAGUGUUACAUCUAGAUAUCAGUUGUGUUUUACAGCGUUUGUAUAUAUAUCUGAAUUACUGUAACAGAAUCCGGCCGGGGAGUCGGAGCUGAGAGUCUUGGGGGGAGGAAGGCGCCUCAUUCAUAUGCAGAGCUCAUUCAUAUUCUGGUGCCACUACAUGCAGGAAGCCCAGCAGCUGGAGACUCUCAGCGCGCCGGGAUGAGCCUCAUCAGCGCUCCACCGUGUGAUUUGGCCUCAACUCGGCCUCCUUCAGCGGGCCAAAGCUCAUUUCAACACCCAUCAACGCUGAGCUGAAAAGAGGCUUUAAAUAUCUCGCUGCAGCUGUUAAUAACAUGCGAUGAAUUACCCUGGAAGUGUGUUUUUUUUUUCCUCCCCUCUCUCUCUCCUUUGCUGGUAAUUGGUAGUUACAGCUGUACAGUGUGAUGACGCUAACGCUCAUCCUCUUCCCGUCUGAAGGCUGCAGUUCAGCCCAGAGGGGGAUUAAACCUGUUUGUGUCGACAGAUCCUGCAGAUCCGAACCCUCGGGGGGUUCAGACGUGUUUACAGCAGCGUUUGUUUUCUUUGGGAAGGUGACGAAAUUCGCAAGAUGCAAGAAGUUUUGAGGCUACAAGGAGACGCUAGCGUGUGAUAAGUCAGAUUCAGGUCCUUCACCGCUAAACCUUCAUCCUCACCGUUGCACUCGUCAAACUGUUUUAACAUUUAAUCUCUAGGCUGGAUGUGUAUUGCACAUAUUCAUAAUUUAAAUCGUCAAAAAGUGCAACUUGCAGUGUAAAUCCAGACUAUUUGUAAUUACAGCUUCAGACUUCCACCAUUUAAUUCAUACUGGUCAUAAUUCUAGUUUAAGAUAUCUUUGAAUUAAUCCAGGUAUUAGCUCUAAAGUUUCACUGGGCAUCUAAAGGAUAUAACUAUGAAUAUUUUGCGCAAGAACAGAUUAAACAGCAAAAUAAAGUGGUUUUGAGUGAAACCAUUAGCCUGGUUAGCUUCUUUUCCAUUAGCAUGUCUCACAGAAUUCCUCUAAUUGGCUUUUGUACCUCUAUCUUCAAUAUGGAAUCUCGUAAAUUAGCUUCCGCUUUGUCAGAAUUAUGUUGCGGAUAUCUUGAACUGUAAUGGUGACCAUUUGAAACGUAACUUCGGAUAUCUCGAAGUAGAGUUUUGACUCGUUGAAAUUACGCUACAGUUAUUUCUAGCAGCUUUCUUUCGUGACCACAAUCGCCAUUUCACCUCCAUGUCAAAUCAAUCCGAAGUUCGAGUGAGUUUCUAGUCGUUCUCCUCAAACUCUAUGCCGAUGACAUUCUUCUGUUUCAUAGCGUUUUCCAAUCAUCUUAUCCACCGCAUUGCUGUUCAGAUGCUUCACACAACAACAUCCAGCCAUGCACAACAACUCAGACCAGUCGUCACGAUGCUUUAGAUACCAGAAUUAGUAUUCUGACCAGUCAAAACUGAAUUACAGAAAUCCCAAACUGUGGUACCAGCUGGUCAGAAUGAUGUUGUAGAUAUCUGGAAUAAAAGUUGUGACCAGUCAAAGCCACAUCGUUCAUAUCUGUAAUGUUGUUCCACGUGGUCAAACUUAGCUAUUAAACGUUAAAACGACUCGCUUUAUACUUCAGCUAGUUUUAUGAGGUGUUUGAAUCACACAAGUGUUUGUCGAGACAACUCAGAUGAUUCGAACAGUUUCUGUUUCUUCCACGAUUUAUUGUGUAUUCAGGGAAACUUCCAGCAGCAGAAAGAUGAGUUUUUGGUUUUGUUGUUGUUGUUGUUGUUUUCUAGUAUAAAGGUUAAGGGGCACAACUGAUGGACUCAUUUUGUAUCUGUGAAAAGCGGAAACUAAGCUGUAGGUGUUGUAAACUGCAGAUGUGUAGUGACGGCUGUUUCAGGUGUAAAUGAAGCUAAUAGGAGUGCUGCAGCUUUAAAGCUUCUUAUUUUGUAUAAGAGCAUCAUCGUACACAAAGACCAACAUAAUGUAGUUUGAGUUAAACCCAACAAAGAUGGAGCCAGGAGCGACAUUAGCCUGGUUAGCGUUUUGGGUUUUUUUAGGGGGGCAUAUUUAAAAUUAAGACAUUUUUAAAAAUUUGACCAUUAUUUCGCACAAAAGAAGUUUUUUUUUUGAAGCUGCUGUUGAAGUGACAAUGGUCACUGACAGAUUUAAUGAGCUUCACCAUGCUAACUAGUUGACAUUAGCCCUACAAACUGGCAAGAAACGUCUUGAGUUAAGCUUACAAAGUCCCAUUCGCCCUGUUAGCUUCUUUUUCAUUAGCUUGUCUAGCAAAUUUUUUCUUUCUCAGUGUUUUUAUUUAAUAUUUGAAGUUGAUAGUCAAUUUCCAAAACUUAACAGUGAUUUCCAGACACAUUUAGACAUUUUUCACAACCAACUGUUGAAAUGAUGGUCACUGACAACUAGCCAGCUAGCUAGCUCAUCAACACGAGCCCCACGAGUUGAUUAGAAACUCUGUGCAGCUGCUUUUUUACUUUCAUAUUUUGUCUUCAGCGGUAUAAAAACACUGUACUGCUUAAAAAACAACCAAAGUAAUGUAGUUUUGAGUUACAAAAACUAAUGAAUCCUCAUAGCUACUGUUCGGUUAGCUUUUCAUCAGUUCCUUUUUCUCUCAGUUUUUGUCAAUAUUCAAAACUAAUAGUCGUUUUUUAAAAUUUUUUUAAAAGCUGAUUGGGAUUUCCAGACAAAAGAAUACUUUUUUGAACAGCUAAAACGACAACCGUCACUGACAGACUUUAUUAUCUGUAGCAUACAAGCUAAUUAGCGUUAGCCCCACAAGUUGUUGGAAAGUCUUUGCAGCUGCUAUUUUCAUGUUAAUAUUUUAGCAGUAAGAAAAAAUUUGAAACCUGUCAAAGUGUCUUAAAUAUGCGUACAGUGGCUGAAAUCAUGAUAUUAGCUAACUUAGCUCUGAAAGGGUUGUUGCUAGCAUGAAUCUGGUCAGAUUUUAGCAUCGUCACUCGCUGUAGAAGAUACGGAAAUUUGCUCAUUAGCUGUUUUGUGUGGCACGAUACUAUACUGACAAGAUGCUAACGUUAGCAUGAUGUCAGUGCCAGUAAACACUCAUUUUAAUUAAAUUCUUUCAGUUUUGCGCCUUUUGUUUUUAGUGUGGAAAAGAAAAAAAUACCAUAAAUCCUCAAGUACCAUGUUGAAAUUACCAGAACCUUGCAGGUGUCGGUUGUUGAUUAGCUGCGAUUUGACGAGACGUUUAGCAAACAGUCUGAUUCGUCUUUGUAAUUUAGCUAGCUCGGAAAUAUGUGUCUUAAAAAAAAAAAGUGACCUCAACAAACUCCAAAGCAGUUUUGUUGUGUUUCUACAGGGUUUGGGGGGAAGUCGUGCAGUUUGUCCUUAAAUGAAUUUAUUGGUGUUAAGGUUAAGUUUUCUUUCUACCCGUCACCAGACUGAUAUCAGCACUCCUAUUCUACCGGCUUCAUACUUGUAAGUGUAGUAGUGACAUGAGCUGUAUUUACUGCACAGAUGGAUCUAUUUUAUGCAUGUUAAGUUGUUGUACAAAAUCUACCAUAUCUAUUCUAUUUUUUAAAAUAGUAAAUGUUUAAUGUUCUUGAAUAUUUCCCAGGAUUGUAUUUACAGAUCUGCAUGCUCCGUCCAGGAUCCCAGGUUUGUAUUACAGAUGUGAGACAAUCAGAUUGUGCUGCAGAUGUAAUACAGUUGUAAUACUGAUGAAGUGCCUGUAACAUUUUGAGAUGAAACAUAUCCACCAUGUCGCAGAGACGAUAUAAAUUUGCAUGAAGCCUUCUUGUUGUUCCCUGUGAAUGCUGCUGUCGGACUGCAUGCGUUGGGAGGUUUGUUCACGAGGCCUGGACCAGGGCUGAAGUCGGGCCGGAUCCAGGAAGGGGUCAAGUCAAAUCGCUGUCAAAACCAAAAACGCCAACAAACAGAUCUUAAACUGAAUAAAAGUUCAUUUUUUAACCCAUGAGCAAAUGUAGGUUCACUUCAUUAAAUACGUUAAAGUGCAAUUUAAAGGAAUUAGGAAUUUCCAAUUAUGUGAAAAUUUUUCUCUAGGCUAGUUAGCGUUAGCCCCGGGAGUUGGUUGGGAACUCUCUGCAGCUGCUUUUUUACUGUGAACAUUUUGUCUCUGGCUUUAAAAGUACACUACAGAAGUUCAAGUCUUGAGUUAAGCCUACAAAGAGGAGUGGGGUCAGAAGUCUCAUUAGUCCAGUUAGCUUCUUCCCAUUAGCUAGUCUUAAGAAAUGUCUCUUUCUCAGUGUUUUUAUUCUGAAUAUUUGAAGUUAUUGAUUGAUUUCUGCUGUAUUUUUUGUAAGCGUACAGCAAAGUUAACCAGUUUCGUGGUGAUGUUCAGGCGCUGGCGGCUCUUGGUUAAGGUUAGAGAAAAGUCGCGGUCUGGUUCAACACUGAAAAAGUCCACAAUGACUUGAGACACACCGUGUUUGUUUACAAUGAAUCAUAACCACAGUGUUUUCUAACCUUAACCUGACUGCUUUUGUUGCCUAAGCCUACCACAGACCUGGUGGGAGUGGGCAGGCUUUGCUCACCCUCCAUCCACCCCAACCACCUCAGUAUGUUGCGCAGCUAAGCUAAUGUUUAGCAACUAAAUGGUAUUUCUCUGAGGCAGGGAUGCAACAUAAAGUCAAAGUUAGUGUGUUUUGAAGCAGCUGCAGUUCAAAGUAAAUCUAACGGCUAAAUCGAAGCCCACAGAUGAGACUGUCUGAGUCUCCAGACAAACCCAUUGGUCCUGAGCGGUCCUGCAGCCCUGGUCCGGUUCCUGCAUGCCGAGCACCACGGCACCCAGAAAGCACUUUUUGUACCAAGUUUUGUCGUUGCCAAUAAAAGCCAGAAGAUCCCUGCC